AUGUUUCAGAUGUUUAAAGAAUGGUUUUGGUUGGAAAGAUUCUGGCUUCCUCCAACAAUAAAGUGGUCAGAUCUUGAAGAUCAUGAUGGACUCGUCUUUGUGAAACCCUCUCAUUUAUGUAUGACCAUUCCAUAUGCUUUUGUCUUGAUAAUUAUCAGACAUUUUUUUGAAAAGUUUAUUGCUUCACCUCUAGCAAAAACAAUUGGCAUUAAAGAGGAAGUUCGAAAGAAGAUUAUACCAAAUACUGUUUUAGAGAAUUUUUUCAAACAUUCCACAAGGAAACCAUCUCAAACUGAUAUUUAUGGACUGGCAAAAAAGUGUAACUUGACAGAGCGCCAGGUUGAAAGAUGGUUUAGGAGUCGGCGGAAUCAAGAUAGGCCUUGCAGGAUGAAGAAAUUCCAAGAAGCUUGGCAGUGGCGCCCCCCGGUGGUGGAGAGAGGCGCUCUCCUCCCGCUGGGUGGACUGCCGCUUGCCCAGCUGGCCCUCGGGCAGGUCCACUGCCUGCUUCAUCCAGUUCCCCCACCGUUGAGCCCCAUGUCCGUCCUGUCAGCGUCUCUCAUGUCGCCCGAGUUCACUCCAUCCAGAUCCUCCCUGAUCUCACCUGGCAGUCUCGUCUUUCAACAUCACCAUCCCUUGCUGCCAUCUCAGUACUGGUACUACAUUUUGGAGAUGAGUUUUUAUUGGUCUCUCUUAUUUAGCCUUGGCUCUGAUAUCAAGAGGAAGGAUUUUCUAGCUCAUGUCAUCCACCACCUGGCUGCUGUUAGUUUGAUGAGCUUCUCUUGGUGUGCUAAUUAUAUUCGCAGUGGGACCCUCGUGAUGAUUUUACACGAUGCGGCCGACAUUUGGCUGGAGUCUGCUAAGAUGUUUUCUUAUGCCGGAUGGAAGCAAACCUGUAACAUCCUGUUUUUCAUCUUCUCCAUCGUAUUUUUCAUCAGCCGCCUCAUUAUUUUUCCCUUCUGGAUUUUGUAUUUCACGCUGAUUCUGCCUCUGCAGUACCUUGAGCCUUUCUUUUCGUGCAUCUUCCUCAACCUACAGCUCAUGGUCCUGCAAAUUCUUAAUCUUUACUGGGGCUACUUCAUCCUGAAGAUGCUCAAAAGAUGUAUAUUCACGAAGAAUAUCCAGGACGUGAGAAGUGAUGAUGAGGAUGAGUAUGAAGAGGAAGAGGUUGAGGAAGAGAAGGAGGAGAAGGAAGAAACCACCGAAGGCAAAGAGACAGACGGUUUGAAGAAUGGCCUUGGGGCCAACAGGCACCUCAUUCCCAAUGGUCAGCAUGGCUGUUAGCUUGAAGCCCGCAUAGCUCCUGGUGCACAGUGCGCUGCAAGGGCUGCU